CGCGACCAUCUUCGUUCCACCGCUGCUGUCUGUUGUCAACUCGAUCAAAAUGCUUUCCGUAUUCUCCAAGGCAGUUGCCGGCCGCUCGGUCACUCCUCUCAGGGCCGUUGCUCAGCGUACCGUCACCACCGACGCCAAGGCCUCCCACGUCGACCCUGCCACUGUUCCGGAGAAGGAUGAUGAGCCCUUCACCGUCAAGCUCAACGAGGAUGCUUUCGAGACCUACAUGCUCGACGCCCCUCCGUCACUUGAAUUCCAGGUCACCAAGGCCGAGUUGAAGAAGAUGUAUCACGACAUGGUCACUAUUCGUCGGUUGGAGAUGGCCUCCGAUGCUCUCUACAAGGCCAAGAAGAUCAGAGGUUUCUGUCACUUGUCCACUGGACAGGAGGCCGUUGCUGUCGGUAUGGAGCACGCGAUCACCCCUGACGACCAGGUUAUUACUUCCUACCGUUGUCACGGUUUCACUUACAUGCGUGGUGGUUCGGUCAAGUCUAUUAUAGCUGAGUUGUUGGGUAGGAAGGAUGGUAUUUCAUACGGAAAGGGUGGUUCUAUGCACAUGUUCGCCAAGGGUUUCUUCGGAGGAAACGGUAUCGUCGGUGCUCAGGUCUCCGUCGGAGCUGGUCUCGGUUUCGCUAUGAAGUACUGGGGCAGGAAGAACUGCUCUUUCGCCUUGUACGGCGACGGUGCUGCCAACCAGGGUCAGGUUUUCGAGGCCUACAACAUGGCCAAGCUCUGGGACCUCCCUGUUAUCUUCGGUUGUGAGAACAACAAGUACGGUAUGGGUACCUCUGCUGCCCGUUCCUCUGCCCUUACCGAGUACUACAAGCGUGGUCAGUACAUUCCUGGUCUCAAGGUCAACGGUAUGGAUGUCCUCGCUGUUCGUCAGGCUUGUGCUUGGGCGAAGGAGUACACCACUAGCGGUAAGGGUCCCCUCGUGAUCGAGUACGCUACCUACCGUUACGGUGGUCACUCCAUGUCCGACCCCGGAACCACCUACCGUUCCCGCGAGGAGAUUCAGCACAUGCGUUCGAGCAAGGACACCAUCCAGGGCUUGAAGAUGCGUUUGCUUGACUGGGGAGUGUGCACUGAGGAUGAGAUCAAGGCUCUUGACAAGGAUGCCAGGGCUAGGGUCGACAAGGAGGUUGCCGAGGCUGAGGCUUCUCCCGAGCCUGAGGCUACCGCCGAGAACUUGUUCAACGACAUCUACGUUCCCGGAUCUAACCCCAAGACUUUGCGUGGACGAUGGACCGACGAGACCUACACCUACCCCAACGAGCAGCGUGCCAAGGAGCUCAGGGAUUAAGUGUGGAGGUGUGGAGUG